AUGCGUCUCCCCUACAGUACUGGGCUUCUCCUUGCCCUCGGUAUCGGUAGCUCUACCGCACUACUGACAGCGAACCUCCACAUCGCCUCGUUGUCGACAGAGCUUGAAUCCGACCAGACAACGUUCUAUUACGGUCUAUCAAGAAACAGCGGUCUGUUAAUCGGGAACGAUGGAAGUGCGGCGACUGGCGGCUUGCGGAGCUUCAAUUUUCAUGGGCUGAACGAGACGUCCGGAGCGACGCCCGGACGAACCAAGGUUCUCGGGGUCUUGUAUGGUAAUGAUCACAAAGAUAUUAUCGUUUCCAUCGCGGCGCCUGACUCCGUCAUUCGCGUUUUCGAUGUUAAUGGCUUGGAUGAAAUACCCUCUACGCACAAGAAGGCGCUGGGCGAUUGGUCGGCUUUGUGUACGUGGACGAGUCCGAGCGGUGGAAAGUAUUUCUACCUCUUUGGGAAGAAGAAGGCAAUUCAGUUCCUAGUGCGCACCAAUGGCUCGCAGGUCGAAAUUUUUGAGGUCCAAACGUUCCCGCUUUCCGUCGAGCCAAGCUCUUGCACUGUCUCUCCUAGAGAUGACUUUGUUUAUUUCGCCGCUGAAGAUGAUACCGUUUACAGAUUUACGGCCGCUGAGUCAACUACAGCUCCAGAGAUUGAGACACUGGGGCUAGUCAGUGGCGAGAUAUCGGGCCUCUCUGUCUACGUCUCAAGAAGCUCGUACUAUUUGUUCGUGACCCAGGAGGACAUAAUUGAGAUCUAUACACCCGACUUCGAACCAAUCGGAUCUCUGACCGUGACGGGUGCCGAAGAUAUCGAGAUUGCCGGAACGUCGAUCUACCAGUCAAACUCCACCCACUACCCAUAUGGACUACUGGGCUUCGCGAUUGAAAGUGAUUCGGGUAACGGGUUCGGCGUGGCGUCACUCAAGCCCGCAUUUACUGCUUUAGGCCUUCAGUUAAACACUUCUUACACGCCGCGCAAGAGCUCUGAACAUGGCCUGACGCAAAAUGGCUUCCUCAGCACCAACGGUACGCUUUCCUGUUUCGCUGGUUUUGCUGGUAGCAACUGCACCCAAGUUAUAUGCCGCAGCGGGUGCUCUGCGCACGGGGCUUGCAUCGGGCCUAAUGAAUGCAAGUGCGACAGUCCCUGGGCUGGACCUGACUGCUCCUGGAUCGAAGUCCCUGCAAAGUACGAGACUGACGCGAACGGCGGCGACGGCGAUGACCCGGCUAUCUGGGUGAACCCCACGAGCCCCAAUCUGUCGACCAUCAUUACGACUACCAAGUCCGAAAUUGGCGCGGGUUUGGCUGUAUUUGAUCUGAAGGGGAAAUUGCUCCAAACAAUGGCUGCCGGCGAGCCGAAUAAUGUAGAUGUUAUGUAUGCGUUCCGAGCUGGGAAUCGGACGGUUGAUCUUGCAUACGCUGCCUGCCGGCAGGAUGAUACUCUUUGUCUGUUUGAAGUCACAUCGGACGGUCUCCUAACCCCGAUAUCCGGCGGCGUUCAACCGACGCCCGACGACUACACAGUCUACGGCUCCUGCACCUACCGAUCACCGCUAAGCGGGAAACAGUACCUCUUCGUAAACGAGAAGUCAGGCACCUACCUCCAAUACGAACUCACCUCGUCGCCCAAUGGAACUCUCGCUACAUCGCUUGUUCGCUCCUUUACCGGCGGUUCGGGCGGCCAGCCGGAGGGAUGCGUCCCGGACGAAGAGAAUGGUUACAUCUUUCUUGGCGAGGAGCCAUAUGGACUUUGGAGAUAUGAUGCCGAGCCACAUGGUUCCAACAACGGUACGCUCGUUGCAAAGGUCGGCGAUGGGACGCUGCACGCGGAUGUCGAGGGCGUUACGCUUUUACCAGGAAAGACGCCCGAGCAGGGGCUGUUGGUCGUAAGUUGUCAGGGAGUCAGCGCGUAUUCGGUGUAUCGCCGUCAGGCGCCACAUGAGCAUGUUUUGACAUUUACGAUUGGUGAGUCUGAGGAUGGGGUUGUCGAUGGAGUGACGAAUACGGAUGGGGUGGCGGGGUUGUCGACGGGGUUGAAUGAAGAUUUCCCACAUGGAUUGCUCGUGGUCCAUGAUGAUGCGAAUCAGCUGGCCGACGGUGGUACAGCCGAGUUGGCGAGCUUCAAGCUUGUGAGUCUCAAGGAUGUGCUGGGUGCAGGAGGCGUCGGGCUGUUGGGUGAGGUUGAUGAUGGGUGGGAUCCGAGGGCUUGA